UCCGCGAGUGACACGUUCCUGACGGCCGCACGCGAAGCGAGAGACGAGACGGAGGAGGCGACACGCAUUCGCGAACGAUGGGGUUCGAUGUGAACCGCUUCCAGGGCGACGUGGACGAGGAGCUCGUGUGUCCGAUAUGCUCCGGCGUGCUCGAGGAUCCCGUCCAGGUGAGUAAUGUGUUGCAGGCACCAGUGUGCGAGCACGCCUUUUGUCGCACCUGCAUCAACGAGUGGAUAAACCGCCAGCCCACGUGCCCCCUGGAUCGUACGGCCAUCACCUCCACUCAGCUCAGGGCAGUCCCCAGAAUUCUCAGGAACUUGCUGGCCCGCUUGUGCAUCAAGUGCGACAACGUUGUAUACGGCUGCACCACCGUCGUCAAGCUGGAUUGCCUGGUCGCGCAUCUCGAGCAGUGCGAGUACAAUCCGAAGAGACCGAUGCUGUGCGAGCAGGGCUGCAGCCUGAUCAUUCCCAAGAAUGAGCUCAAGGACCACAAUUGCGUGCGCGAGCUGCGCAACCUGAUACAGUCGCAGCAGCAGAAGCUACUCGAGAUGAAGCGCGAGAUCGACGAGCAGCAGCUGCAGAUCAACGAGCAGAAACGCGAGAUUCAUCUGCUCAAGGAUUUUAUGCGCGCGCUCAGAGUGUCGAACCCGGCAAUGCGCGCGAUCGCCGAUCAGAUGGAGCGGGACGACGUUGUCAGAUGGUCGGCGUCUUUGCCACGCGCCAGGGUUACCAGGUGGGGCGGUAUGAUCUCCACGCCCGACGAGUUACUUCAGACGAUGAUCAAAAGAACUCUGUCGGAGUACAAUUGUCCGCCUCACGUGAUUGACGAGCUGAUGGAGAACUGCCACGAGAGGAAAUGGCCGCCAGGUUUAAAUUCUCUCGAGACCAGACAGAACUCUCGCCGACAAUACGACAACUACGUGUGUAAAAGAGUGCCUGGCAAGCAAGCGGUGCUGGUUCUCCACUGUGAUAAUAUGCACAUGCCGGAGGAUAUGAUGGUCGAGCCCGGGUUAGUGAUGAUCUUUGCGCAUGGUAUCGAGUAGGUUGGACAUCCUAUGUGAAUACGAUCCAUUCAACACCGUCACGACUCCAGAAAUACUGAUAUCACACAUUGCGAACGCGGAGGGAGCGAAUUUGCUCGGCCACAGUUUGCGAAUUGGCACAAGUCAUUCCUGGAUCUUCGUAGGAUCAACUCGACAACUGUCAACCGUCGCGAUUUGUUGUCAAGUUUCACUCGGGGAAAUUCCUUCGUCGGGAUACUCGCGCGUUUACGGUUAGAAACCUGAGGUUGCGAGAUUGUCCCUGUUGCGAGUUCGCUCCGAAGAUAAAUCGCAGCCGUCGAGCAUACGCAAACGAUGAUGAAACGCUGUCGCCCUUUGUGAUACGCGAUUCUAGAGGCGCGAUUGUUGCGUACAGGCUCGAUUGGGAUUGUAAUUGUAACCGACACGGAUAAGUAACACCGACAAGUACGUCUCUUGAUUCCCGUCGGAUUCGACUCACCGUUAUCGGUUACCUCGGUCGAACUCCCGCAGAAAAGACUCAAUCGAGUAUCUGAAUCGUUGCACUGUGAUAUACCACUUCGGUGAGAAACCUCCUGAAAUCGCGUGAUAAAUGACCGACCAUCGCCUCUCCUUUUUGGCCGGUCGAUCGAUCGAAUUGUACAUUUUUUCAUUGGCGGUUCGUUUAUCGUUCAUUUCAGGAUCAUUUACGGAUACUUAGAAGUCUGUGAAAAUGUUUUACUAUAAUACUUUAGAAAAUGAGAGAGAGAAAGAGAGAAAGCAGCGUAAACGAAGAUUGGAGAAAACUCUCACCAAUGAUCUAAGCACAAACAAGAAAUCGCAGAAUGGAAUACAAAUUUCCUACAGAGCUAUCUGUUUUUAAAUACUUGACGCGUAUUGGUCCUAUCAGAAAUCGCGUUUAUCCUUUCGAUGAUAUUUUUCUCCCGCAAUUCCCUUAUCCCUGAUCCUUUUCUUCUUGAAAAUCCUAAGCAAAUGCGUCGUAGCCAAGCUAAUCAUUAUUAUCGUCUGCAUACGAAUCUAAACAUUGUUUCCUAAAAAUUGUUACAACUAUUUGUUAAAUAUGCUACAAAUAGCUUAGUUGCUCUGAGUUGAUGACACAUUUUGCUUCCUCGUCAUAUCACUGUGUUUAGGGUGUUCUAUCGUUUUGUUAAAAAAUUGAAUCUAAACUUUUAUAAGGUAUGCUAUCAAGAUGCUCUUUGAUAGCGGUAGAACACCCUAUGUAAAUUAAUCACUGUAACGAUUAAUUAGUUUGUAUCGCAGUACUGAUGUAUGAUUUGCGAAUCGCGUAACGUUAAAAUGCCUCUUCAUGUAGCUUCUUAACUUGCCACGAUGUACUAUUGUAGGACCAACAGAUUAUUAACAAUUCUUUUUCGACGAUAAUCGAUCAUGUAACUUAUUUUUAUGGUACAUGAUAAUGCCACGUAAUGGAAUAGAACAAAAUUGUUGGAAUUUGUUCUCUCGGAAAAAGUUCUCUCGCUAGUUCCGUCAGUAUGACUCUUGCGUAACUUCGCAAUUACUUCCAAUAAGUCUUCGAAAAAGUCAAAUACGCAAAUACGUAUUUAAGCUAGAAAACGCGAGAAUUGUACGUACUAUGUCUUUUGUAUCUUUUUGUCCGAUAAAUUAUAUUAUCUGAUAAACAUCGUGAGUUUUAAGUGUAAUGUCUAGAGAUUGUAGUAAGACAAUUCAAUGAACAGGCUGAUUUUAUACAUAUAUAUAUAUAUAUAUAGUAUAUAAUUGUAAUAAAGCACCGAUUUUACAUAUCAAGUGA